CUGUUCUCUCUUCUCUGCCUCUGACUCAUGUUAGGGAAACUUUCUGAUUUUAGCUCAGCCUUAAAUGUUCUAUGAACUUAUUGUAAUUAUACAAUACAUUGUAUAAUUAUUAUGAUACUUAUCUAUAGAUAAGGAUAGACAAGGAAUAAUAUGGCGGCGCUCAGUAGUCUCCGAGCUGUUCGGAGCUCCCAGUGGAGUGAAAAUUAAAUCGAAGAAUAAUUGAAAUAGUGAAUAAUGAAGUGUUUAGAUACUGUAAAAGUAACCACAAAAGCUAAGUCUAUUCUAAAGAGAUGAUUGGUCGACGGUGUACACUAAUCGCACUUGGCGGGCUUUUAAUUCUUGUACUCACAAUAAAUGUUUAUUUUAUUCGAAUGAUUGUUGAGAAUUCAUCUGAAACAUCAUUUUCAAGAAAUUUACCAGUCUCUGAUGAAAAGAUUAAAGAUGCAAAUACUGUGGAUAACAAUAAAAUUGAACCAACGAAAAAGUCAAUAAUUCGAGAAAUUGAGGAGAAAAUUAAAGCAGAAAUGCGAUUAUUGCCAUCAAAGUAUUUUAAACGAAAUUCUAGUUAUGUUAUUUUACUUGAUAGAUUGUUGACAGAGUUAAAAGUAUUGGAUAAUACCCAAAAUGAUCUUUGGAGUAUUCCUAAUGUUAAUUGGCCAGAUGCUCAUCAUUUGUUACCUCCAGUUGCUCCUGAGUUAGGCACAAUAUUGAAUGCUUUAAGAAAAACAAAGAUAGUUAAAGCAGCAAAUGCUCAAGUGGGUACACAACUUAAAUUAAUGCUCACUUUAGAACCCAAUGUCAAAGCUUUAUUUAAGCCUCAAUGGUACAGUAGAGAGACGAUAUUACAUGGUCCUGUCUAUUUUGGAAAAGAUAGACAUAAUGCAGAAGUUGUAGCAUUCCAUUUAUCUUCUCUUCUUGGAUUGAGACGAGUUCCAUUAACAGUUAUAAGAAAGUUAAAUCUAAAAGGAUUGCGUGAUAUAGCAACGCCUGAUCUUCAAGCUACUAUGUAUGAAGUAGGAAAUGAAACUUGUUUUUAUGGAAUUUGCCAUUAUUGUUCUGCAGCAGAUCCCAUAUGUAGUAAAAAUUAUAUGUUAGAAGGUGCUGUAAUAUUAUGGUUACCUUCAACACUUAAACUAUUUAAGCAUCGUCAUCCUUGGCAACGAACUUAUAAGCGUAAUAAGUUAGCACAAUGGGAGACUAAUAAGAAUUAUUGUGAUAAAGUGAAAGAAAGCAAAACUUAUGCACCACAUGCUUCUAGUCGUCUAUUAGAUUUAAUAGAUACUGCAAUAUUUGAUUUUUUGAUGGAUAAUGGAGAUCGACAUCAUUACGAGUUGAUGCAAAAUAAUUUUCAUAAUCCGGCAGCUUUAUUAAUUGAUAAUGGAAAGAGUUUAGCAAAUCCGGAUAUCGAUCACAUUGAUAUUUUAGCACCUCUUUACGAAUGUUGUAUGAUCCAUAAAACUACUUGGGAUAGAUUACAACUCCUUGGAGGUGGAGCUUUAAGUACUUCUUUAGGACAGCUUUUAGCUCAUGAAGCCAAAGAAGCUGAUGUACUCCCUCUUAUUACAGAGGAUUAUCUCAGUGCUAUGGAUAGAAGAUUACUUACGGUUUAUGCAGUUGUAGAAUACUGCUUGAAACUUAAGAAAUAUCCUUCAACUGUUAUCUUUGAUCAUCGAUGAAAUAACCCAUCCCAUUUGUAAAAAAAAAUUUUCAACAAUCACUGCCAUUGUUUAUGAAUAAUCUUUGAGUUGUGAACAUGGUAUUUAUGACUGUAAAUUAAAUGUAGGGAAAUAUUAAGUUAUAAAAAAAAAAAUAGAUGAAAUAUAAUCAUUCCUUUAUGACACAACUGUUAUUAUUAUGAUCAUGAUCAUUAUAUUUUUAUUAGGUUUAUUAUAAUUUGGGAAAUUUUUAUGAUGUAGCGUUGUACAGCGUAUAAAGACGGUAAAAACGUAAAAAA